AUGACCGAAACCUUCAUCACAACCUUUCCAACUACUCCAAGUCCGACAUGGACUUUACCGCGCUUUACACCGCCGCCAGAAUGUCUUGACACGAACAGCAUAUGGAAUAUGGAGACGGAUUGUUAUUCUGGCACGGCGCAAGGGCUUUACAGAACGACACGGACGUGUAACUACCUCUGGUUGGGGUAUACUGAUUAUCCUCAUACUACCGGAGGACCUGGUCUCGGAUUGAAUGGUUUCUGUGGUCCAGGCUGGAGCCAUCCAGCAACGGAGUGUCCUGUUGGAUAUACGCCUGCUCAUACUGUUGACUACACGCCUGAUGCAACCACUUCACGGGAGAUAUUGUGUUGUCUAACAGGAUAUGACUUCGAAUGGAGUAGGCCGACCCUGACAGAUCAAAGCGGCAGUUCAGCAACACCUUACGAUAAAUUCUGUGUCGCUUCCAAUCUCAAACCAUCAGGCACUUCACCCUUGACUCUAACAGCCUUCGAUCUCUCUUCCGCAAGCUCUCUACAAACAGACAUCCGAGUCUCAACGACGAUAAAAUUCGAUCCAGAGAAAGACCUUCUCCUAGCAUCAGCCGUCACCAUAUCAUAUCAGAUCAACUCAGGUGGAACCACGUGCGUUCCUGACUGUGAUGAUCCGUAUACAGGUGGUCCUUGGCCACGGCCUGCACAGACAGUUACUCCAGCUCCCGAGUCAUCAAGAAGCGAUUCCGGUUUAGUAGGAUUAGAGAAACUUGUCUGGGUAGGAAUUUCGUUUGGGAUUGUGGUCGGGUUGGGGAUUAUAGCUUGUAUUGGAUGUCGUAUACAUCGUAGUAGGAAGAGGAAGAGAAUGGGUGCCACGUCGGAAGCUCAAGGGCAUGAAGGAGAAGUACAGGAUCAAGAUGCGAUAGCCAUGGAAGUACCGAAAGGGAAGAAGGUAGAUUAA